GAUCUUAUUCUACAAUCUGCAGCUUCUGCCUAGUCACUUGUAAGGAGCAUGGGGACAGCGGUGAGAGUGGAAUCCAGGAUCCUGGUCUGGGUGGCCUGUCUGCUCCUGGCGUUCCCUGCCACAGCCACUGGGCCCGAACUUGCCCAGCCUGAAGUACACACCACCCUGGGCCGAGUGCGAGGCCGGCAGGUGGGCGUGAAGGGCACAGACAGCCUUGUGAGUGUCUUCCUGGGCAUCCCAUUCGCCCAGGCACCCCUGGGGCCUGACCGGUUUUCAGCUCCGCGCCCAGCACAGCCCUGGGAGGGUGUGCGGGAUGCCAGCACCGAGCCCCCCAUGUGCCUGCAGGAUGUGAACAGAAUGGACAACAGCAGAUUGAUGCUCAAUGGAAAGCAUCGGCUCUUCCCUAUUUCAGAGGACUGCCUGGUCCUCAACAUCUACAGCCCAGCUGGGGCCAUGGCAGGGGACAAGAGGCCGGUCAUGGUAUGGAUCCACGGAGGCUCUCUGACUGUUGGUGCCGCCACCUCCUACGAUGGAUCAGCCCUGGCAGCCUAUGGGGACGUGGUCGUGGUCACAGUCCAGUACCGCCUGGGGGUGUUCGGCUUCUUCAGCACUGGGGACGAACAUGCACCUGGCAACCAGGGCUUCCUAGAUGUCGUGGCUGCUCUGCACUGGCUACAGGAGAACAUCAGCCCCUUUGGGGGUGACCCCAACUGUGUCACCGUCUUUGGCCAAUCUGUCGGUGGCGCCAUCACCUCUGCCCUGGUCCUGGCCCCGAUGGCUGCGGGGCUGUUCCACAGAGUCAUCGCACAGAGCGGGGUCAUCACCAUCCCUGGUUUAAUGGAUCUUGACCCAGGGCACCUGGCUCGGCACAUCGCGGACUCCUUCGCCUGCAGCUCCCACUCCUCAGCUGAGAUACUGCGGUGCCUUCGGGAGAAGGAAGGAGACAAACUGAUCCAUAUGAAGUCGAAAACACGUAUUACUUCUUUCACCGUUGAUGGCACCUUCCUUCCCAAAAGCCCCAAGGAGAUCCUCAAUGAGAAGCGAGUGCACUCUGUGCCUGUCCUUCUGGGUGUCAAUAACCACGAGGUUAGCUUGCUUCUCCCCAAGGCCUUUGGUUUCCCGGAUAGGAUGGAGCAGAUGAGCCUGGAGGACAUGAUGGACACCUUGAGGCACUUCUUGAUCGGUCUGGAUAUACCCCUUGAGAUGAUGGCCACCGUCGCAGAUGAAUACCUAGACAGCAACUCAGACACACAAGCCCGACUCCAUGCCUUCCUCGAGUUGAUGAGCGACGCAAUCUUUACCUUCCCUGUCUUAAAUGUCUCAAGAAGCCUCCGAGAUUCGGGGAACCCCAUCUUUUUCUAUGAGUUCCAGCAUCGACCUAGUUCUUUUGCGAAGAUCAGACCAGACUGGGUGAAGGCCGACCAUGGGGCUGAGAUUGCUUUUGUAUUUGGGGGGCCCUUCCUCAUGGACGAGAGUUCCCUCCUGGCCUUUCCAGAGGCCACAGAGGAUGAGAAGCAGCUGAGCCUCACCAUGAUGGCCCAGUGGACCCACUUUGCCCGGACAGGGGACCCCAAUGGCAAGGGGCUGCCUCCUUGGCCCCAGUUCGACCAGUCGGAACAAUACCUGGAGAUCAACCGGGUGCCACGGGCCAGGCAGAAGCUAAGGGAGGCCCGAAUGAGGUUCUGGACAGAGACACUCCCCAGCAAGAUCCAGCAGUGGUAUGAGAAGCAGAAGAGGGGGAAGGCCCCGGAGGAGCUCUGAGGCAGGGCCUGGGCCUUCUUGCUGGGGCCAACUCAAAGGGUGGCAAAGUCCCAGCAGGGGAACCUCCCUUCCCCACCCCUAGCCCUCACUGAGAGAGACUUUGACCUAAAUGAGGCCCACGUGGGCUUGUAUCCUUGAAAGCAUCAACCACUGCAUGACUGGCAUUUUGCUGUUGUGAAAUAUCACCGGGCUGCUUUCUGUCUCUGGGCCAUUGUACGAGCUCUUCCUUC